AUGGCACAGAAGAAACCGGAGGAACCCAAGGGGAAGGAGAAGUCGGAGGAGGCACCCAAGGCCGAGAAGCCGGCGGCGGAAGACGGGAAAAAGGAGGGGGAGAAGAAAUCCGAGGAGCCCAAGUCGGAGGAGCAGGCGGCGCCGCCGCCGCCGCCUCCGGAGAUCGUCCUCAAGGUGUACAUGCAUUGCGAGGGCUGCGCUAGAAAAGUCCGCCGGUGUCUCAAGGGUUUUGAAGGUGUUGAGGAUGUAAUCACAGAUUGCAAGUCUAGCAAAGUGGUUGUGAAAGGGGAAAAGGCAGAUCCGCUCAAGGUUUUGAAUAGGGUUCAGAGGAAGAGCCACCGCCAGGUGGAGCUUAUUUCUCCGAUUCCAAAGCCUCCGGCGGAGGAGCCUAAGAAAGCUGAAGACAAAGAUGUGACCAAAGCUGAGGAGAAAAAGGAGGAGCCUGUAGUGAUUACAGUGGUGUUGGGAGUGUACAUGCACUGUGAGGCUUGUGCUCAAGAAAUCAAGAGGCGCAUUCUCAGAAUGAAAGGAGUCGAAAGUGCCGAGCCCGACCUCAAGAGCUCGCAAGUGAAGGUGAAGGGCGCUAUCGAGCCAGAAAAGCUCGUCGACCAUGUGCACAAGCGGACCGGAAAACACGCGACGGUCGUAAAAGUCGAGCCCGACAAGAAGGAAGACGAGGAGAAGGCCAAGGAAGAAGGGAAAGAGGAUAAAAAGGGCGAAAAGGGUAAGGAGGCCAAGAAAGGGGCCGACGAGCCUGAGAAGGAGAAGGAGGAGCCGCUGCCUCCGGCUGCCGAUUCGGAGGAGUCGAAGCUCGAAAUGAAGAAGCAUGAGUUGAACUAUUACUACCCACCACAGCAUAACUUGUACCCACAGAGGUAUGUGCAUGAACACUAUGCAUACCCACACUAUGCAUACCCACCACAGAUGUUCAGUGAUGAGAAUCCCAAUGCUUGUACCGUUAUGUAA